CAUCGUUUAACUAGUCAUCGUUAAAGUUAGCACAGUUCACGUUCUCUGUAAAGUUUGUUUGUUACGCCUUGCCAUUGCCGCGAUGUCUGACGAGAGCAUUCUUGUGGAGCAGUCGGCGGAUGAGGAAUCGUUUUCCAGCAACACAACAGGCAACAAUAAAUCAUUCAGCCAGUAUCGAAACGGAGAAUCGAUAAUGAUCGAAGAAACCGAUUCAGACGCGGAAUCUGAUACUGCGGCUAGCAGUCGCCACGUCGAUAGUGAGGACGAAAGUUUGGUCAUCCGCCUGAAGAACCGUCAAAGCAAACGAAUGUCGAUGCACCCGCGACAGGCGGAAUCUGACGAUGACAGCGAAACGGAACUUGUUCGAAAUCGGGCACGCCAAUCUGCUCUAAGCAACGAUCCGGAACUGACGGAAGAUGGCGAUGACGAGGAGGAGAAGGAGGUAGAAUAUCGGGCGUACUCACCGGCGACUCGCCGAAGCAUCUACGGGGUGCGAUCGGCAUCAACAGAGGAAGAAAGCGAUUCGAACGGCAAAGGCAGUGAGAGCGAAGACGAAAUCGUGGCUGUUCGUCGCAACACUCGAAAAAAGCUCGUUAUUUCGGACGAUGAGGACGAGGAUAAACCCACCGAAGUCCCCCCGAACCAUGGUGCAAGUAGCGACAAGGGGCAAAGCUCUUUCGAUGGCUCGCUAACAAUGCAUAGUUUCGACGCAGAGAACGACCCAGAACCUGCAAAGCUCUCCUCCACGGUGAACGAUCCCGCCGAAACUGAUCGCUCCGUGUCUGCGGCAGACACCAACAAUAGCCGGCAAUCGCUUUCGCACCGAUUCGCGGACGAUUCGAUUAGCUCCAAGCUCUCGUCGACUGUAAAUAGUGAAAAAGCGUUUCGUCCACAAGGCACACCAGCCGAUCGGCAUUCGAUCAGCAUCCGAGCUUCGAUUGGACAGAAGCUUUCUUCGACGCACGUAAAAGACGUACAGCCGACGCAAGAACCAACCGAUGAUGCAGCUGAUGAGUCAUCUUGUAGCGUUGAGUUCAUUGAAAAAUCAGACGAAAUUCUGUGCGUCAGCAGUGGUGACGAAGGACCGCCGGUAAAACUGGUGGAUGCGCCACAGCCUGUACGCAAAAGUGUUCCCCAAUCCAUGGUACAGCCCACUCUGCCGGCAUUCGUACGUGAGCGGGUUUCGCAGAGCGAGUACGAUGCGAAGAUUCGCCGGAUGGCCGAUCUUAAAUCGCAACUCGUGCUAGGGGAAGGCGUGCUGCGUAACGCCGCCAAGCUACCCGACGGCGGGGCCAGUUUGAUGCGCCGCCUGGGCGACAUUAAACAGCAAAUCUUCGCUCUCUCCAAGGAGAUCGAAGUUACGCGACCCACACCGAAGAAGGGUAUCAAACAAGCUAUCCGCCAGCAGUUCGAGCAGUCGGUCCAGAGCGUGGAACAAUCGCGCAACACGAACGCCAACGGUAGUGCCGGUGGUGAAUCAACGGCUCAGACCCACAUUAGCUGGGAUGCGAUCAAAAAAGCGGCGGAUGACAUUCAACCACGGUACACAGGCAAGCAGGGCAUUGCGACGUUCGAGAAUCAAAAACUACUCACGAUGGAUCGUCUGCAGACGCUGCACAAGUCGAUCGAAACGUGCCCGACCGAGGACACGUUGGCCGAUCCGCCCAAGCUGCUCCAGAUCGAGCUGAUGAAUCACCAACGGCAUGCACUCGCGUGGAUGCUGUGGCGCGAAUCGCAGAAGCCGCGUGGUGGCAUCCUUGCCGACGAUAUGGGUCUCGGGAAGACGCUAAGCAUGAUCUCGUUGAUGCUGAAGGCGAACGAACUGGACCCGGACGGUGAAAAUCUGGCCCAAAGUGACAGCGAUGGCGAAGAUGAGGAGGAUGGUAAACCCAAGGGUGGUUGGCUGGCUAAAGGAAGGCGUGAUCAUUACGUCGGCGGUACUCUGGUCGUGUGUCCGGCAUCGCUAAUGCGCCAGUGGGAAGCUGAGAUAACGAAAUAUGUCAAACGCAAUUCGCUGGUCGUGUGUGUCCAUCAUGGAGCGCUGCGAGACUCGAAACCGCGCCACCUGGCAAAAUACGACGUGGUCAUCACGACAUACAACAUUGUUUCGCGCGAGCAUAAAGAAACUGCGUUACGCGGAGGUUGUGCUGUGUUUGGCGUUAACUGGGAGCGACUGAUCUUGGACGAGGCGCACGUCAUCCGCAAUCAUAAGAGUGCCAUGUCUGAGGCUUGCUGUGCGCUCCGUGGGCGCUUCCGCUGGGUGCUGACAGGAACGCCGAUUCAGAACAAAGAGAUGGAUGUGUACGCUCUACUCAAGUUUCUGCGAUGCACGCCGUUCGACGAUCUACUGCACUGGAAGCGUUGGGUGGACAAUAAAAAAGCCGACGGUACUAUGCGGCUCAACACGAUCAUGAAGUCGAUCAUGUUGCGCCGGACGAAGAAACAACUGCAGGAGCGCGGUUCCCUCAACAGUCUGCCCUCGAAGUCGAUCGAACUGAUCGAGGUGGAGCUGGAGAAGGACGAAAUGAACGUCUAUCAGAAGGUGCUGCUCUACUCGACAUCACUGUUUGCCCAGUUCCUGCACCAAAAGGCAGAGAAAGCGCAGUUGAAUUCGUACGGUUACGGCUACGGUUACGGCGAAAAGCAAACGAAGGCUCAUCGUGGCGUGACAAAUGCCUUCGAGAAGGUGCAUCAGAAGUUGAAACGAAUGCACAACGACGGUGGUGGUGAAGUUAAGCAGUUUGAGAUUUUGGUGCUUCUAUUACGCCUACGACAGAUCUGUUGCCACCCAGGGCUGAUCGACAAGAUGCUGAGUGAAGACGAGGGGAACUUUGAUGUCUCAAGCGCCGACGAUUCGACGCCCAAUGAUCUCGAUCUGUUGGGGCAGCUGAACAAACUGAAGUUAGACGAUGUCAUUGCCGAGCAGGAAGCGCUAUCGGAGAAAGGGGUGAGCGAAUUGACUACGUCGUUAAACCUUUCCGAUGAGCUCGGUCCAGCCAUCUCGAAGGCAUCCUCGAAGGUGAUGCUGAAGUCGAACCCGGUAUUCAAUCUCGGCCGCGCCAGCUCGAAGAUCCAAAAAUUGCUACAGCUGUUGGAGGAUAAAAUCAUUGGCACCGACGAUAAGGCAAUCAUCGUGUCGCAGUGGACGAACGUGCUGGAGAUAGUGGGGUCCCAUCUGUCCGCACGGAAUGUGUCACACGUUUCGCUUACAGGGAAGGUGCAGGUAAAGUUUCGAAAUGACAUCGUAACGGAAUUCAACAAAUCGUCGCGAAAACCGCAGAUUAUGCUGCUGUCACUGACGGCCGGUGGCGUUGGAUUGAAUCUUGUCGGAGCGAAUCAUCUGCUACUGCUUGAUCCGCACUGGAACCCACAGCUGGAGGCUCAGGCGCAAGACCGCAUCUAUCGCGUGGGUCAAACGAAACCCGUCCAUAUUUGGAAGUUCGUGUGCAAGGAAACGGUUGAACAAAAAAUCCACGCUCUGCAGCAGCACAAGCUCGGGAUUGCGGAUGGUGUGCUGACUGGUACGGGCAGCAAGGGUAGCAAGCUGACGAUCGAUGAUCUGAAGUCGCUGUUUGGAUUGUAAACGCGAACGGAGGAACGGGAACGAACAUACACGGAUACCGGGUAGCCGUUCUUCUCUUCUGUCGUGCGUUCCAUCAUCGCUUCAAUCUGUGAUACUAAAGCAAAACAGACGACCCACAUCACAAGGGAAUGUCCUUGUGCAAAUCCAACGCGCCACACGCUUCAAUGGAGUGCUCCGUUUUGGAAAAAAAAUUCAUAUAAGACAAUAAGGAU